GAUGGGAAGGAGACGGUGAUGAAGGAGGUGUUCCCCGGGGACAGCGUGCACAGCCUGCUCAGCAUCCUCGACGUCAUCACGGGCCACCAGCGACCAUACCGGACGGUGUGCGCCCGGGCGGCGGAGGACUCCACCGUACUCCGGCUGCCGGUUGAAGCCUUCUCAGCCGUCUUCGAGAAGUACCCCGAGAGCUUGGUGCGGGUGGUGCAGAUCAUCAUGGUGCGCCUACAACGCGUCACCUUCUUGGCUUUGCACAACUACCUUGGGUUGACCAACGAGCUCUUCAGCCACGACAUGCAACCGCUGCGGCUCUUCCCUCAACCCGCCAGCCCGGCCCGCCACGGCAAGCGGGGGCUCGGCGGUGCCGAUGAGGGCAGGGAACCGGCCGACCUGCUGAAAGCCGGAGGGCUGGAGACCCCUGCGCCACCGCCGCCGCCGUUGAGCCGCUGCAUCUCCAUGCCGGUGGAUAUCUCCGGCAUCCAGAAGGGUCCUCGCUCCGACUUCGACAUGGCCUACGAGCGCGGCCGCAUCUCGGUGUCGCUGCAGGAGGACAGCACCGGCGCCUUGGCCGCCUUCUCCAGGUCCGUCUCGCACGAACCCAAGGAACGCAAGUCGGUGACGGUGGAGGAGCAACCAUCUGGUGUCUACCACUACAACUACUGCGAGGACGACGCGGCAGCCGGGGACUGUCCCUUCGGGCCCUACCAGGGCCGCCAGACCAGCGCCAUCUUCGAGGCCGCCAAGCGGGAGCUGGUCAAGCUCAUGAAGGUGGAGGACCCUUCUCUCCUCAACAACCGUGUCUUGCUCCAUCACGCCAAAGCCGGGACGGUCAUUGCCCGUCAAGGGGACCAGGUGGGUCUGGGUUUCGGGGAGCUGGUGUGGCACCUUGCUCCCCCCCACCCUGUAUUUCCCAAGGCCAACCGCGACUGCACCUUCCUCAAGAUCUCCAAGUCGGACUUCUACGAGAUCAUGCGGGAGCAGCCCAGCGUGGUGCUGAGCGUCGCCCACACCGUGGCCGCCCGCAUGUCGCCCUUCGUGCGCCAGCUGGACUUCGCCAUCGAACGGAAGGUGGAAGCCCUCACCCGGCAGCCCCGCGCCACCACGGUGCACGCGGUCCGGGACACGGAGCUGGCCAAGCUUCCUGAGGGCACCUUGAACAACAUCAAGCGCAGAUACCCCCAGGUUGUCACCCGCCUCAUCCACCUCCUGAGCCAAAAGAUCUUGGGGAACCUUCAGCAGCUCCGUGGCCCCUUUGCAAGCUCCAGCUUGGGCAUGGCCUCCAGCUCGGAGCCCACCAACCCCACCAGCAACCUGUCGACGGUGGCGGUGCUGCCGGUGUGCGAUGACGUGCCCACGGCUGCCUUCACGCUGGAGCUCAAGCACGCGCUCAACGCCAUCGGUCCCACGCUGCUCCUCACCAGCGACAUCAUCCGUGCCCGUCUUGGUUCCUCGGCGCUGGACAGCAUCCAGGAGUACCGCCUGUCGGGCUGGCUGGCGCAGCAGGAGGACAUCCACCGCAUCGUGCUCUACCAAACCGACUGCACCCUGACGCCGUGGACCUUGCGCUGCAUCCGUCAAGCCGACUGCAUCCUCAUCGUAGGGUUGGGCGACCAAGAACCAGCGCUGGGGAAGCGGGAGAUGUACGAGAAGGUGUUUGAGAAGAACGCCGACCGGCACAGCGACUUCUCCCGCCUGGCGCGUGUCCUCACCGGCAACACCAUCGCCCUCGUCCUGGGAGGCGGCGGUGCCAGGGGGUGUUCCCACAUCGGGGUGAUGAAGGCGAUGGAGGAGGCGGGCAUCCCGGUGGACAUGGUGGGCGGCACCUCCAUCGGCGCCUUCAUCGGCGCGCUCUACGCCGAGGAGCGCAGCGCCGUGCGCACCAAGCAGCGGGCACGCGAGUGGGCCAAGUGCAUGAAUUCCGUGUUCGAGACCGUGCUGGACCUCACCUACCCCAUCACCUCCAUGUUUUCGGGCUCAGCCUUCAACGCCAGCAUCAACAAGGUCUUCCAGGACAAGCAGAUCGAGGACCUGUGGCUGCCCUACUUCAACGUCACGACCGAUAUCACGGCCUCGGCCAUGCGGGUGCACACGGACGGCUCGCUCUGGCGGUACGUGCGAGCCAGCAUGACCCUUUCCGGGUACCUACCGCCACUCUGCGACCCCAAGGACGGCAACUUACUGAUGGACGGUGGUUACAUCAACAACCUGCCAGCCGACAUCGCCCGCAACAUGGGUGCCAAGACGGUUAUCGCCAUCGACGUGGGCAGCCAGGACGAGACGGACCUGUGCAACUACGGGGACAGCUUGUCUGGCUGGUGGCUUCUCUGGAAACGUCUCAACCCCUGGGCUGAAAAAGUCAAGGUGCCCGACAUGGCGGAGAUCCAGUCCCGCCUGGCCUACGUGUCGUGCGUGCGGCAGCUGGAGGUGGUGAAGUCCAGCUCGUACUGCGAGUACAUCCGCCCCCCCAUCGACCGCUUCAAGACCAUGGAUUUCGGCAAGUUCGACGAGAUCUACGACGUGGGGUACCAGCACGGCAAGGUGGUCUUUGACGGCUGGAGCCGGGGUGACAUCAUUGAGAAGAUGGUGAAGGACCGGCGCUCGGCCGACUUCUACGAGAGCAAACGCAUGGAC